CUUAUUUUGGUUCAGUCAGUCUAACGCGCACCUCUGCCGGCUGUGGACCUCGUCUCUGCGUCUCCCGUCGUCGCGUGCACCCUGACUGACUGAAACUCUCGCUAGGAUAAACCACACCGUACUCGAAUUGCUAAAGCCUUAUUCGUGUGAGAAUGCAGUCGUCAAUAAUUGGCAACGCGCAGUUGUGAAAUUGAAGACGCGCCAUGGAAAUCAAGUGCUACUGCUGGCUCCUUUUUGUGCUCUUCUGCUUGGCCAACGCCGGACCAAGGUCUUCCAGGGUCGUCCAGUUGCUGGCGUCCAAAAAUACUGACAUUGUUGUCGAGGCCGGGAGCAAGCUGCAGAUCCAAUGCGGUGCGGUCAGCGGUCCAGACAAUGACAGCAGCGAUUCUACGACGGAACAGACAAAAACCCAAGUAAAAUGGUUCAAGAACGGAAGGCACAUUGUCGCGAAAGGAAGCAACAUCAGGAUCACUAAACUUGGGUUUCAUCUGAGACGCGUGCGUGACAGCGACUUUGGCGACUACGCGUGCAUCCCGACGGACGGCGAGUGGCGCAACGUGAGCGUGCGGGUUGAGACCGCGGCGAUCAGACCCCUGCAGCCUCUGGCGCUUGCCUUGCAGCAGGAGGACGUCCAGCCCGAGGACGAAGAGCCGCGUCUCGAGCCCGUGACCAACGAAAGCUUCUUCUUGACUCCGGGCCAGAACUUUGAGGUGUCGUGCAUACCGAGUGGUGGACGCCCCUUGCCUAGGAUCACGUGGCUCAAGAACGGCAAGCUGGAGAAGGAGCUGCUGACCGCGCAGGACAAGUGGACCCUCAGCAUCCCCAUCGUCACCCUGGAGGACCAGGGCAGGUACACCUGCGAGCUCAACAACCGGAUGGGCCUUGUGCGCCAGAACUUUGACCUUUUCGUCUCUGACCGAGAGCCAAUCUACGUUUCCGGCCAAGAAGACAGAAGUGUGCCUAUGUACAGCUUCGUGGUGUUCACCUGUCGGACCAAGGGAGAAAAUCAGGUCACCUGGAUCAAGAGGAGCGAUAACGAAGAUGCCUCUUUAGUUAAUGAUCCUGACUGGGUGGAAAGUCACCGCGUCAAGUCGCGAGGAAUCAAUCCGGACGACAGCAGGAUGCUGGCUUUCCAGCAAGUGACCGGUGCGGACAGCGGCUGGUACGACUGCUUGACCAUGGGUCCCAAGAACACCGGCGUUGUAAUCGAGUCCUCGUCCCGACUUACCGUCAUGGAAGUUCCCCUAUCAGUGAACACGGACACGAACGAGGUGGAGGACCUGCCGGGCGAGGACGCGGAGAAGGAGGCCAACUCGCUAGAUGGCUCGGCCGGCUCGUACAAUGAGACGGAGGAGCUGCGAGCACCGACCUUCCACAAGCCGGAGCGGAUGCACAUGGCGCAGGUGAAGCCGGCUGGCAACACGCUGCGGCUCAACUGCAAGGGCGAGGGCAACCCGACGCCCAACAUUACGUGGUACAAGGACGGUGCCGUGCCUGAGAGGGCCCUCGGCGGCAUCCAGUACGGCCAGUGGACCAUGAAGUUACAGGACCUCAUCACGGCUGACUCCGGCAACUACACUUGCGUGCUGUGCAACCAGCUAGGCUGCAUCGACUACACCUUCAGGCUCGACGUAGUCGAACGCUUGAUGCACCGGCCCAUUUUUACGACGCGGCCGCAGAACUCCACGGUCAAACUCGGCACCAACGCCACCCUGAUGUGCCAGGUGCUGUCCGACAACUUGGCGCACGUGGCCUGGUACAAGGUGCCAACCGGCUUCAACCCUGCUGAGGAGGUCGAGGAAACCCCUUACGACGAUAAAUAUAUGGUGAAGACGAAUACCAACUCAACUUCGCCCCAGACCCUGGAAAUCGCAAACGUCACCUACGAUGACGAAGGCUGGUACGCUUGCGUGGCCGGAAACAAUAUCGGCUUUUCGCACAGCAUGGCGUACAUUCGAGUUGUCGACACUUUGGAACCUGAGCCAGUGUUAGUGAGAGCGCAGCACCCUCUGAUGCUUAACGUGAUGCUCGGUGUUAUGUUCGCCGUCUUCUUGAUCGCGGUCAUCAUCACCAUCGCCAUGAUCAGAAGACUCAAGAGGGAAAAAAUGAAGAAGCUGUUAGCGAUCGAAAACGCGAGAUCGGCCGUCGUUAAGCAGUUCAUCAAGACGGUUAUCGUGGAAAAGCAAAAUUUGCUUGAGCUUGGUGCCAGCAGCUCUCAACAGGACGUUGGACUGAUGAUGCCAAUUGUGAAAAUCGAGAAGAAGACGACACUGGCGUCUAGAACGAGCUCAGCCUCUAUGUCCCCAAUGUCCGAAUACGAGCUACCCCUCGACUCUGAAUGGGAGUUCCCGCGCAACCUACUCGUCUUGGGAAAGGUGCUUGGCGAGGGUGCUUUUGGAAAAGUCAUGCAGGCCGAGGGCCAAGGAAUCCUGGACAGCGGAGUUAAAACAGUCGUUGCUGUCAAAAUGCUGAAAGAGGGUCACACAGACUCUGAGAUGUUGGACCUGGUGUCAGAGAUGGAGAUGAUGAAGAUGAUCGGCAGCCACAUCAACAUCAUCAACCUGCUGGGCUGCUGCACGCAGGACGGUCCGCUGUAUGUGAUUGUCGAGUUCGCACCGCACGGCAACCUGAGGGACUUCCUGCGUAAGCACCGCCCCUCCUCAGGCUACGAACCAGCCAUCGGUCACUGCAAGGACAAGAAUACUCUCACUCAGAAGGACUUGGUCUCCUUCGCUUAUCAGGUCGCCAGAGGCAUGGAGUAUCUCGCUUCCAGAAGGUGCAUCCAUCGAGACUUGGCGGCCCGAAAUGUCCUUGUGAGCGAGGACUACAUUCUGAAGAUUGCAGAUUUUGGUCUGGCAAGGGAUGUGCACCAACACGACUACUACAGAAAAACCACAGACGGGAGACUACCAGUCAAGUGGAUGGCUCCUGAGGCGCUUUUCCAAAGAGUCUACACCACACAGUCUGAUGUGUGGUCUUAUGGAGUGCUCCUGUGGGAGAUCAUGACCCUGGGAGGGACACCAUACCCUUCUGUACCUAGCGUGGAGAAGCUGUUCCAGCUGCUGAGGAGCGGCCACCGCAUGGAAAAGCCACCAUGCUGCUCACUAGAAAUUUAUAUGAUGAUGGGCAAGUGCUGGAACUACAACAAAGAUGCGCGGCCCACCUUCACUGAACUUGUAGAGGAGCUGGACCGGAUUUUGACCAUCACGGCAAAUGAGGAGUACCUGGACCUGGGUCUCCCUCAGCUGGAUACGCCAGAGACGAGCCCAGAAAACAGUGACGCGAGUACGCAGUUCCCCUACCUGCUGUGAGAUCUCCCUUCCGUCCACCCUUGGAUACAAACUCCCACCAAUUGUUAUAUUUUCCUAAGGAAAGAGUUGAACUUUCCGUGUUAAAGAGAGAAAAAGUGCAUUUCCCAGCUCAAGAUCCAAAGUGCAAAGAGGAUAAUCAAACUAUUGUAGUUUUUUCCUAGAAAUGCUGAAAGGCGAAGGAGCAAAACAUCUCAUGUGUUCAAUAUUACCUAAUUUUAACACUGAUGCAAUUAUUAUAUAAUUAAUUAUUUGUACUUGACUUAAAAAUUAAACACAAGUGCCUGCAAAGAAAUUUAUCAAAAUUUCGAGUUUAAAUGAUUUUGGUGUAAAAUGAUAAUCGCAAUUAUUUUUGUACCCAAUGCAACUUGUUCACCAAAUACUUAAAUGUUAGUGCAAACACAUACUUACCAGUAUUACGCAGCUGACAGUUGAUUUUGUUCGCAUAUACAGAUAUUUGUAAUUGUAAGUGCGCCCCAGUGAAUUCGAACGGUGCUUAUGAAAAGCUACAACUGGCGUUCAGAAAAAUGCUCUCUUUUAGAAUCAUUGUUAUUAUUUGUAAAAAUGUACACUAGUCAAAAGUUUAUUGCGUAUGUGGGUAUAAAGAAAGCAUGUCUUAAAUACAUUUGAAUUAUGUUCUAGAAUUGUUCGUACACUCAUCCAAAUUGCAACAAAAUGUAUGUAUAUCUCAAAGCAAAUAAAGUCUAAUAGAAAUGAAA